CUUCAAAGUCUGCCAAAAUUGUGAAGGAAAGAUCCCAACCACCGACGGGCAUUCCCUGUGCCUUCUGCUUGGAUGAGACCCAUAAGCCUGAGUCUUGUGCCCAUUGCAGCAACUUCACCAAACAGGCCCACACUAUGGAAGCUGGCCAAAGGGUGACACAUGACGUUGCCCCUAGAGGAAGACCUGCUCCACAUAGGGCCUGUUUGCCAUCCUCAGGCCUUUGCUAAGGAAGGAGCCCAGGUCAUUGCUACAGAUGUCAAUGAGUCCAAACUUCGAGAACUAGAAGCAUUUCCAGGCAUUCAAGUUCGGGUGCUGGAUGUCACCAACAAAGGGCAAAUUGAAAAUCUGGCCAAGGAAGUGAAAAAAAUCGAUGUUCUCUGUAAUGUUGCAGGGUAUGUACAUCAUGGAACCAUUUUGGAUUGCGACGAAAAGGACUGGGACUUUACAAUGACGGUCAAUGUUCGUAGCAUGUAUCUGAUGAUCAAAGCAUUCCUCCCCAAGAUGCUUGAGCAGAAAUCAGGUAAUAUUAUCAACAUGUCUUCUGUGGCAUCCAGCAUCAAAGGAGUUGCCAAUCGGUGCGUCUACAGCACCUCAAAGGCUGCAGUCAUUGGUCUCACCAAAUCUGUCGCAGCUGACUUUGUUGAUCAAGGCAUCAGAUGCAACUGUAUUUGUCCUGGUACUGUUGACACGCCUUCUCUACGUGAGAGAAUCCAGGCCAGGCCUAACCCUGAACAGGCGCUGAAGGACAUGGUGGCCAGGCAAAAGAUGGGUAGGCUUGCUACAGCUGAAGAAGUAGCCCACCUCUUUGUCUAUCUGGCUUCGGAUGAAUCAGCCUAUGUGACUGGUAACCAAUGCACCAUUGAUGGCGGCUGGAGCCUGUGACUUACUUUUCUGGAGAUUCUUUCUGCAAAUGGCAAAGUGCUCUUUGGAGAGCAGAAAAGCUUAAACUGCUCACACUCUAAUAAACAUCUCAGUACCGCUGGUACUCUUACAGUGCAAUCCUAAGCAGAAUUACACUGUUCUAAGCCCAUUGCCUUCAGUGGACUUAGAAGGAUGUAACUCCACUUAGGAUGGCACUGUUAAUAACUGAAAAUGGUUCAUUUCCCUCUCCCGCCUGAUUUGUCAGUUAUCUGGUAGGUGCCUUCUUUUUCCACCAUUUUUCUUGUACUAUACAUUCCCGUUUGUUUCUUUGUUGUGUGCUGCCUGCACAUUUCACAUUGCCUGCAGCUACCCGAGGAGAUGCUGGGGCUGGAACCUGAGACCUUCUGCAUGUAAAGGAGAGGCUCUUCCACUGAUCCACAGCCCCUCACAUUUUCCCUCUCUGUCUGUCCUUCUGUUACAAAGAGGUCACAUUUUCCACAUCCAUUACUAUGCUGAAUGUCAUAGUCAUUGGAUGUGAUCUGUGAUACAACUAACUGCGCACAAACCAAGUCUUUCCUCAAUGUAUCAGCACCAUGUAGGGUUUUUUUUGGGGGGGGGGGUUGUCUUUACUACUUAGAGGCUAUGUACUUUACUGCUGUAAAAACCCACUGCAGAAACACAUUCCUGGCUUUGAACAGUAAUGAAUAGCAGUAAGACACCCUUACUGCACGCAUACAUACAGAGGAGUACAAACACAGGAAUGACCCACCACCACUUAGCUUUUUCCAGAUUGUUUUGUCCAUUAGAAAAUGUUUGACCACACUGGUACUUGCGUCUACCUUAACUAUAGAAGAGGGAGAGGGCAACAAACAGCACAUUUAUCUCUUGACUAUUCAAUCAGAAAUGUUAAAUUGGGGCUCAGUCUGAUCAUGUAUAAAAAAGCUGAAUUACCUUUCUUGAAGACCUGAUAGAACCAAUAAAAUG